UGCUUGCCGGUCAGUGGUUGUUUCGGCUACAUGCCGUUUGAAUGGGAAUGGUAAGCAAGUUAGCUGACUCGCUAGGAGGUAGCUAAGUAUUUACGUCGCUAUAAUAUAUUUAGCUAAACAACUGAAUGACGAUACGCGGAAUUGCAAAUUUUUUUGACCGAUGACAUGCUAUUUAAAGUCUAACCGACAUUGCCAUGACCUUAUAAUACACAUCUGUCUAAAGAGGCAGGAAUCAGUCUGAUGAGGGGUCACCUAAAGCUGGCAGGAUGCAGCAGAAAAGGAACAUCCAGAUCAUCGAGUGGGAGGACCUUGACAAAAGGAAGUUCUACUCUUUCGGGGUGUUCAUGACGAUGACCAUCCGGGCCACGGUCUACCCGGCCACACUCAUUCGCACUCGGCUGCAGGUGCAGAGGGGCAAAUCGCUCUACAGCGGCACCUUUGACGCCUUCUUCAAGAUUCUGCGGACGGAGGGCGUUCGAGGCCUUUAUCGCGGCUUUAUGGUCAACACCCUCACACUCAUCUCAGGCCAGGCUUACAUAACCACCUACGAGCUGGUGAGGAAGUAUGUCUCCCAGUAUUCUGAGGACAAUACGGUCAAGUCACUGGUGGCGGGCGGCAUGGCCUCCCUGGUUGCUCAGAGCAUCACUGUUCCUAUAGAUGUUAUCUCUCAGCAGCUAAUGAUGCAGGGCCAAGGGGAGCACCUCACCCGCUUUAGACUCAAUUCGAACACAGAGACUGGAAAGCCCAAAAAAGUGUUCGGCCAAACCAGAAACAUUAUGGGUCAGAUUUUUGCUGCUGAUGGUUUCCGGGGCUUCUACAGGGGAUAUGUGGCUUCUUUACUCACAUAUAUCCCAAACAGUGCUGUCUGGUGGCCUUUUUAUCAUUUUUAUGCUGAGCAACUUUCUCAACUGGCACCCAGUGACUGCCCUCAUCUGAUUCUACAAGCCAUGGCUGGACCUCUAGCUGCCGCUACUGCCUCAACUGUCACCAACCCAAUGGAUGUGGUCCGAGCCAGAGUGCAGGUUGAAGGGAGGUCUUCAGUCAUCGAGACGUUCAGGCAGCUCAUCAAAGAGGAGGGCGGCUGGGGAUUGACCAAAGGACUGUCGGCACGCAUCAUCUCAUCCACGCCCACUGCCCUCGUCAUGGUGGUCGGCUACGAGACGCUAAAAAAACUGAGUUUGCGACCGGAGCUGGUGGACUCGAGACACUGGUAGAAGAUACCCGGACAGACAAUAUACGGACCACGUGCCAUUUUUUUUUUUCCUACGUUCGAUAUUCUGUGAAAACACUGGAUGAAAGAAAAGUUUGUUUUAAAUAACAACGUGGGAAACUUGAAAAAAAAUUCAAUCAAGCCACUUCAAACACGCAUUACCAUGUGUAUAAGACAAUGACCAUGUGUCCAUGCCAACAUAUUAGUUGCAGAUUAAAGGUGCUCUAAGCGAUGUUGGGCGACGGCCCUUCUCCGUUGACGUUCAAAGUAUUUUCAAACAAAACGGAGGCUAGCUCGCCCCUCCCU